GGACCUGGUGGAAGGUUCCUGUCCGCAGGGUGGCAACGCAGAUGGGUGUCGUUCGACGCCUUCCUUUCCUCGAGGUGCGGGAUCAUCUGGCGACAAGGCGAGAACAAUGUUGCCCCCUCCUUUGGCAAUGCCUUCGCCUGCACCACGACAGAGGGUGGCCGCACCGGCGGCAAACACAAGCAGCACAAGAGUGGAAGAAAGUGGUAGGCAGGUAUGGGAGUCCUAUCGGCAACAGAUGCACCGACUGAGCACAGAGAACAAAACGAACGAGGUGCCGAGGAUGCGUGUGGGAAGUGACGGUGAUGCGAGCGACUCCCAGAGGGCGAGUGGUGAUGAAUCUCCAGAUGUUCUUUGGGAAGACGAAGCAGAAGAUGCCGAUGAGUUGGAGAUUCGACCCAUGGCUGUGCGUGGUAGAGGAAGGGGCGGAGGCAGGCAUCAACAUAAGGUUGUUUCCCAUGCUGGUCAUGAAUCGAAGGGUUUUGUAGGCGAGAAGGGUGACAAACAUCCGACAUGGAGUGUUGAGAAGAUGCUCAAACUCACCCGGGCAAUGCGGGAUCAACAAGCUCAUUUUGCUGGAAUGCCGCACAACUACGGGCGGAUGCGGAAUAAGGAAUCAAAGCAGCAGGACCUGCACAAGCGUUUGGUGGAGGUGGGCGUGAAUAAGACGACUGACAACAUCGAUAAGAAGUGGGAUAACCUCUUCCAGCAAUACAAGAAGGUGCAACGAUACCAGAACACCUCCGGGGCGAAGAACUUCUUCAACUUAUGCGCGUUGAGAACUGAAGAGGGCUUCGACUUCCGAAUGAACGAGCGGGUGUACCUUGAGAUCGACAACAUGUCCAAGGCCAAUAAGACCAUCUACCCGGACAACCUCGCCAACACGAGCAGCUGCUGCGGAGUGUAGAUUUCACGUGCGCCAUCCGUUGCUG